AGAACUCCUCCAAAUAUCAAGUUAGGACCAUCCAUCGCCAGUCUUCCGCAAUCUCAAUUGGAUUGCUGCAAGCACAACGGCCAUGUCUACAACGGUGAUAUCUCGUUCUGUCCCCACCCUCCCAGAGGGUUGGUCAGCGGAGAAGGAUUUCAAGCCGAUUGGCAAGAUCUCCGCGGCUUCCCAGAGGACGAUCGAGCCUGUUGGACCUCAUUACCUAGCCCAUGCGCGCCGAGCUCGUCAUAAGCGCACCUUCUCAGAAGACGAUAGAAUCCAGGCUCAGGAGCGUGCCAAGAAGAUUGAAGAGAAUGAUGACAGCGAUAUCAGCGAGCCCGAGGAUCCCAUGAUGUUCGAGCGGGAGGCCAAGGAUUGGAAGUCUCAAGACCACUAUGAAGUCCUCGGCCUCACCAAGUACCGGUUCAAGGCCACCGAGGACCAGAUCAAGCGAGCCCAUCGCAAGAAGGUCCUGAAGCACCACCCGGACAAGAAGGCAGCCGCCGGCCGCGUCGAGGACGAUAACUUCUUCAAGUGCAUCCAGAAGGCGACCGAGGUGCUCCUUGACCCCGUCAAGCGCCGGCAGUUCGACUCGGUCGACGAGAACGCCGACGUCGCCCAGCCGACCAAGAAGCAGCUCGCCAAGGGCAAUUUCUACAAGCUCUGGGGCAGCGUCUUCAAGUCCGAGGCCCGCUUCAGCAAGGUCCACCCGGUGCCGCAGUUCGGCGACGAGAAGUCGACCAGGGAGGAGGUGGAGAACUUCUACAACUUCUGGUACAACUUCGACAGCUGGCGGUCCUUUGAGUAUCUCGACGAGGACGUGCCGGACGACAACGAGAACCGCGACCAGAAGCGGCACGUGGAGCGCAAGAACGCCAGCGCCCGCAAGAAGAAGAAGGCCGAGGACAACACGCGCCUGCGCAAGAUGCUGGACGACUGCUCGGCCAGCGACGAGCGCAUCAAGAGGUUCAGGCAGGAGGCCAACGCCGCCAAGAACAAGAAGCGGCUCGACAAGGAGGCCGCCGAGAAGAAGGCCCAGGAGGAUGCCCGCCUGAAGAAGGAGGCCGACGAGAAGGCCGCCAAGGAGGCCGAGGAGGCCGCAAAGGCCGCGCGCGAUGCCAGCAAGAAGGCCAAGGAGGCCGCCAAGACGGCCGUCAAGAAGAACAAGCGCGUCCUCCGCGGCUCCGUCAAGGACGCCAACUACUUCGCCUCGGGAGACGCGUCGCCCGCCACCAUCGACGCCGUCCUGGGCGACGUCGAGCUGAUCCAGGCCAAGAUCGACCCCGACGAGAUCGCCGCCCUGGCGGAAAAGCUCAACGGCCUGAAGGUGGCCGACGAGAUCAAGGGUGUCUGGAAGGGCGAGAUCAGCAGGCUCGUCGCGGCCGGCAAGCUGAAGGAGGGAGACGUGAAGGCACUGGGUGCUUAAGCAGGAGCGCGAAAAUAAAAUAUGGUGGUGAACGCCUGGGCAACGGUCCUCUUACUAGGUAAAGUUCGGUGUAAUGCUAGCGCCGGAGCUUUUGGGGUCAUGCGUAGAUCGACUCCGGGAAUGCUCCAACUGGCCUUUGACCAGCGGAAAUAUAGAUAGAUGGUAGCUAGUUAAUCUGAACUUCUACAACCC